AUGACCUUCGUCACCGCCCUUGUCGUCGCGGUUGCCAUACACACAGUUGUCGGCAGUAUCAAGACUCCGCUGGCCUCCGCACCCAUCUCAGACCGCAACAUCACCCGCGUAUCUUCAAAUUCGACCAGCCGUGAACCCAACGGACUACACCCUACGGUGGCCUUCUGGGACGAUGAUUAUGCCGCGGAGGAGGAUUGGAACAAGAAUGCAGCCAAAGGAGGCGCCUUGAUCUGUGGUCUCGAAGGCUCUGAUCAGACCGCAGGCCGUCAGAUGAAAGAUACUCGCGAACCCCCAUCUGCUGCAAGGCCUUACAAUAGUGACCUCAAGAUAGAGCUUCAGGACUGGUACUGGCGAGAAACUAGCUCAUCGUCGUUCAGCUGCAGCUUUUCUGAGCACUGGCAUUUCUCACAUGCGAUGCGCUCACUUGGUCUCGACGGACGGCCGACUUCAGCAGGCGGAGAUAACCAGUGCUAUAGGGUCGAGCAUUGGGACCCAGAGAAAAGAGAUAAUGAGGGCAACCAGAUCCCGGCUAUCAAUCAGUGGUACAGCACAGCAGGUAACAACAAGCAAUACAGAGCAACAAAGGCGCAUUUUGAAUUCGGAAUCAACACCGAAGGAGGCGCUAUCUAUGGUCUCUUCCUUGAAAGCCCUCAAGCAUCCGCCAAGACUAUCUGGGGCGGUGGUACGAAGGAGCCGAACAAAGACGACCUACCUCAACUUCGCGCUUUCUCAGACAUCAUCUGGGGAUUUUGGGUUCGUAACAACCCCAAUAUCAAGAACAUUCGCUACUUCUUCAUGAUAGCCAUCUCCAACGAGGUGACUAAUCAAAUCAUCGCUUCUUGUCUACGCGACCGAUCUCCAAACGGUGCUGGGUUCGCUUACUUUCUCAUGCAGCACAAAUUACAACUUGGCCAAAAGACCAUCAGCAAGAUCACUAUCUUCAGGCCGGAAACAGACGACGACGUCAGCCUUGUCGACGCAUCUCUGUGUUUCCACGUGGUCGAUGGCCCGCAGCCACCACCUGACGAUGCUCAUGUGGAAGAGACUGAUCGCCUGAAAGCUCGACUUGUGCAAGAGACAAAUUCAAAAGAUUCAUCCCCCAACAGCCUGGUCAGGGUCCACGAGAUCUAUAUGUAG